CCUCAAAUUAACAAUCUGUCUAUAUGUCUUCCAGAACCUUUCCGUUCCAUGUAAAUAUUUGUUCUUUUCACUUUUACUCAGCAAUCAAAGCAAUAAGUAUCCAUAAAGACAUUUAAGCGGUGUCUAGUUGAUAUAGUGUCUGAUUAUAUUUUGCCUCCCCUGUUUUGUUGUGACCCUUGUGUAGGAAGUCGUGGUGCCUUAUUUUCACCUUUACAAAGUUUUUCUUCAUCUUCGUGGAUUAUGUUUUUCACCAUACUUACUCGCUGCUCAUUAUAGUUUUAUUAAUCUCCUCGUUCUUUGUAAGUUAUGACUUUCGCUGCAAUAAUUUCAGACUCAUCCAAGCAAUAUCUCUCCAAAGCAAUACGCCUUUACCUGAAUCAUCCACAGCUCCUUCCGUCCUCGUUCAUCAAGAAUGCCUACAGAAUGUUUCCUGCUCGUAUGCUGGGUCCUGAUGCAAAUGGUCAAAGCGUCUGAUGACGGCCAUUGUUUCCACUUGCCACCGAGUCAGUGUCCUCCUCGAAAUGAAAUUUGCCGUUGCAAAAGAGCUCCCGACGAAGGCUCCUCUUCCGUCGGUUGUUGCCACAUUAACACUGAAUAUGAGUUGAAAGAAGGACUCGCCUGUGCAGGAGUCUAUCCACAGGGGAUGAAAGAGGGCUCAGUUGAUCGUCUUCAAACAACUGCGUUACAUAUACAGAAUGCAACGUUGGAUCGACUUGAUGUCUCAGCUGCAGCAUGGAAAACACUGAUCUCCUUCUCUGUGACAGACAGCAAGAUACAACGUCUGAUGGGAGAAUUCAGUGAUGUUUCUCUAGUUUGCCUUAAUCUCUCCAGUAACUUUCUUAUUGAAAUGGAUCAUCACGCAUUGAAUUCUCUCCAGAAACUUGCCAUGCUGGAUCUGUCUUACAAUAAUUUGACCUCCUUACCUCUAAUUAAUGUGGCGCAGCCACAUUUUCAAUUAGACAUCUCGGGGAACUCUCAAUUGAAUUGUAACAGUAUCACAGAACUUAUGAAAGCAGCAAAGAAGAAGAAAAACAAUCUCCACUUCAGAAAUGAAAAAAAUGAAACAUUUUGUUCCCUCUCCUACAAUUUUGAUUGGUUCAACGCAACUCAAAUCAUAUCGCUUGAUCAAGUAGCCGUUAUAAACAAGUUAAAUGAAGAAUGUCCAAAAAGCGAGAAAUUCUCCUGCACCUGUUCUGCGUACCGAACGGACCUGGUGGGUGGUCAACAGCCGACCUUCACUGCAAAAGUUGAUUGCUCUAAACAAAAUUUAACGGAGUUACCUCCAAAUUUGCCAGCUAACACCAUUUUUCUUAAUGUAUCUCAUAACAAUAUAACUUCUCUUGAUCUUUUGAGCACGGACCCAAGCUAUCACUACCUCCGUGAAUUCUAUGCAGAUCAUAACUAUAUCGAUUCAAUUGCAAAGUUAGAAGGGACUCGAUUUAUCGACAACUUUGCAGUGUUGAGUUUACGCUCAAAUAAUCUAAGCUCAAUUCUCACUUACAUCCUAUCCAAUACAUUUGACCGGAACAAUUUUCCUCAUCUGGUACAUUUGGGACAAAACAAGCUAGUCUGCAACUGUAGCACUGCCCAAACUUUGAAGUGGUGGUUGAGGACAAAUACUCGCAAUGUUGUUGAUUACAACGAGGUUUUGUGCAGUAAUCUACCAGAGAGGGUCAUAGACUUGAAUCAGAGCAAAGUCUGUCCAUUUCAAACUGACUGGACCGAUUAUAUCUACUAUGUUAUUGCUGCAGAAAUAGCCAUGUUUCUCUUACUCAUAGGCAAAGUAACCUAUGAUUACUGGGUUUUCAAAACACAUGGUUAUUUGCCUUGGCCCGCCUCGAAGAUGCCAAAAAUGCCUUGUGACUGGGUUUUUGAAACCUAAUCAUAUUUUUCUUUCUCAGUUUUACUCUUUUUCUUACUUUUCUUUUCUAAUUUUAAUUAAGUGUCUAAAGUACCUGGUAAUAUAAGUUAAUGUUGCCUAGUAAGAUUAAAACUUAACAAAUACUUGAGUAAGUAUAUGUACGCACAGAUUCAAAAGGGUAAUGCUUUUUUGAAUGAUGUCGAUGAACGAGUGUAAUUUCUUUUGAAUAUGUUUUUGUAAUUAGUUGUGGCCUCUGCCAUAACAUAUUAUUUUUGUCACUAAGCUCGUGACAUUGAAAAAUUUAUGAAACUGCUAAUUACUGUGAUGCUAAAAAAUUAGUUUUAUUUUUAUGUUUUUUGUUGUCAAGUCUCCUGGUUACGUUUGUAAUGUAUAAGUAGUUGUUUUUUAUAAUUCUUUUGGCCAAUUUUUUGAGGAAAAAUGUGCAAAGUUUAUUUUAAUAAUUAUGUUGUCUAUUGAUACCUCUAUUUACCAUGGAAGGUUAGGUUUCAGAAAGUGAGAAAGGUACAUUUAUUUUGCAGGAGCUAUUACCAUAUUAUUAAUGGAUCAUAAUUUUAAUAGGUCUUUUUAUGAUCCUUUGAGAGGAGAUUAACCUAUCUUGUACCAUCACUUAUUCUGAUUUUUGGCCAUCAAGUAGUUUAUGUUCUGACUUUACCAGGUUUUGGUAUCAUGUCUCAUUUAAUCAGUAGCAAAGCUGGAAAGCUUCGCUGAAGUUUUUGGGAGGCUGAGAUUAAUUUAUGCCAUAGUAGCUAUUGGCAUUUUAGGUUUUAUUGUCUGAAAGCAUCAUAUGUUUACUGUUGGUAAAGAUGUUGAUACUCGAGCAUAUUAUCUCCUGAACUGUUUAGAGUAAAGUUUUUCAUAGUUGUUUAUUUUUUUCCCUUUUAUUAUUUUUCAAAACAAAACAAAUAAGUGUAGGGAUAGGUAGUGAUUUCUAAUUUGUGUAUGUUGAAAUUUUUGAGGGAUAAAACUAAUUUUAUCUAUCCUCAAACGCAUAAAAGUUAAGGAGAAUGGAAUCAAUUUAGGCGUGUACAUAGUCAAUUUUCUGAGGGGCAUUUGAGAAGAUACUUAGACACGAUAUGUAUCUUCUUCAUAAGCUUCCACAUUUUAUCUCACUCUGAGCUUUUUGAUGACAGUCUUCUCAAAUCAGAAGUAUAAAGGUAUCUAAAAGCUGGACAAAAUUUAAGCGCUAGGAUAUACUUUCCCCAUGAUUUCUUCAACUGUUUUCUUCCUCCUUUUCUUUUUCUUUUCUAUUUUCUGCUCUUUUUCAUAACAGAUUACUUGAUGAUGUUCUGUGCCUUGUUUUAUUUACUCAGAUAUACAUGCAAAAUCAAUUUCAUGCGGCAUGAUCAAUAUUUAAUCCAUGAGGAGAAGCCCAUUUAUUAGCAUCAGCUCUGAGUUUACUCACUCUUUUUUUAGCCCUAAUCUUAGAAAAUCGUCAGUUAGGAUCAAAUUACUGAGGAGAGUUAAAUAUUUCUCACCAGCUUUAUCAAAAACAAGCUGCUUGACUAAUAUUUUGAACAAUCUCUCUUCAAUAUCAUUUUGUUUAAUAUGUAGUUUCGGGAAACCUAACAUGCCGCAAAGUCCACUCAUUUUUCUUGCAAUAUAAUUAAAUUCAUGUCUUCUUUUUUUAUGCACUCAGUAUUUUAAAAUUACAUCAUUUCAUAAAUUGUUACAACGUACUGACUGCCAUGAUACUUUUUUAGAUUUGGUGGCUACUUUAAUCGGCGCAAAAAUCAAAAUGAAAAAUUCUGCUUUUCUUUUCUUUUUCUUUACUAUCAUGAACGUUCAAUGUUUGCCCAAUUUUGGGUUAAUAUUACUUUCCAUGCCUUAGUUAUCAACUACAUUACUGUAUGGCAUCAAGCUUACCUUUAAAGUUAAAUGCUCAAUAAUAAUGUCAAUUUACUCACACUUACUAAAUACAAUGAUCAUGAUGGCUGUCAAUAUUAGAAUGUAAUGCUUUCAUGCUUGUAAUGUCCAAGCCUUUCAUUUCAAUUGCUCAAAGCAAAGUUUUAUAAAAGCUCUAAUUUGGAAAGGUGCACGACGCAUCAUAUACUGACUGAUGUUUUUUGCUUUAAAUGCUCUUAAAAAUGCAUGUGAUCUGUUGAAUCUAAAGCUUGUUCAAAACAACUACCAUCUUGCUUUAUUUCUUUUUAUGUUUUGUAUAACUCGUUGAUUAUUAUUAUUUUGAUUUUUUUUAAUAAGUAUAAACGACUUGAAUAAAAAAAAUUGCAAAUUGA